AGAGAGAGAGAGAGCCACAUAUGUCUCUGUGCACCAGCACAGCCCGUUACAGCUACAAAAAAAAAACCUCAACAAACAAUACCCUCCGUCCCGUCGUCCAAAAUUAAAUCCCCAAACACCGUCAUGACGGCCGGCCCCAUCCUUUGCGUCUCCCCGUAUGCCUGGGUCCUGUCCUCCGUGUCGCCGUGCUCCAUGCUCCAUGCUCGUCUGGUCCGCCCGGUCUGUGUGCGUGCACCCGUGUUGCCCUUGAGGAGAAAGUGCCCGUCAUACGGACACUGCAACUCGGACGGCCAAGCACAACACACACGUCUGUCACUGCUGCUCAGCUUUCUCACCGUCUGCUCAUCGCUGAGUGCUGAGGUGUGGCCUGGCUUCCAUUGCUCACCGGGCUUGUCGGAGAUACCCCGUCGAUCCGUUCUACCGUUUCCACCUCCCUUCCCACCCAAAUGUUUCACGACUCAGAUGUCCAAAAGUCAUCGGCCGCCAAGUCCCCUCCUGAAUCAACUUGUGUCGGCACCAUGGCUAUUCUACAACCAUCCCAUCUUUCUCAAGCAUUCCAGCUCUCAGCCAAGCCAACCGGAAUAGACCACUCACAUCAGCCCUCGCCAACACGCCUUCGAGAUUUGCUCAAGGCUUAUCCUUGCGGUU